AUGCCUGGCAUUGGCCUUACCCAUGCCUGGCAUUGGCCUGACCCAUGCCGCGGGGACAUUUUCCACCAUUUGGGCGCCGACCCGCCAUCACACCUCAUGACUGCCCCCAGGGCAUGCCAUUGCACCCCAUGCUUUGGGGAGCCCUUCACAUUGGGCCUGGAGUGGUCCCCCAUGUUAAUUCCUACCUACCACCCCCCGUUCCUCCCCCAUGUGACCCCACGCACACAGCAUGGCAUGGCAUGGCAUGCAUCCCAUGCCGCUGGGGGACGGUCCACCAGUGCAGGUGGACCUGGAUGUCACUUUCACCUCACCCUUUUAAACCCUCUCGCUUCUCGCUUCCGCGCUCCCUCCACUCACCUCCCCACAGGGCAUGGCAUCGCACCCGUGCCCCUGGGAGGCAUUCCAGCAGCGCAGCAUGCGGAUAUGAUGGGCAGGGCGUCGGACGCGUGUCCAUGGGAGACGCUACAGCAGCGCGGGCUGGAGGCCGACAUGGUGGUGGACAUCGAUGGGGUCACAUGGCCGCUGCACCGCCACGUGCUCCUCCCGCACUGCCCCCUCAUCCACUCCCUCCUCCCCGCCGCCACCGCUGCUGCCAGCGCCAGCGCGUGUGAGGGGGAGCAGGGCGUGAUGCCGCUGGCGCUGGCCACGGGGCUGCCCAUCGUGGCGCUCACCGGCUUCCCCGGGGGUCCGCGCUCCUUCUCCAUCAUCGCCCGCUGGUGCUACGGCUCGCGCCCCAACCUCUCGCCCAGCCAGGCCGCUGCUGUGCUCUUCGCUGCUCGCUUCCUCGGCAUGGAGGACCGCGGCAGCGAGGCGCUGAUACCGGUGGCGGUGCGCGCGGUGAAGGGCGGGCUGGCGGAGGGGUGGCAGGCGUGCUUUGACAUCCUGGAACGCUGCUACCACGACCGCGUGCUGGACGCGCUGGUCGUCGAGUUCAGCCUCAACCGCCACUUCGUUGACUCCGCUGCCAGCGCAAUUCUGAAGCUGGAGUCGAAGCUGGUGGGGGACGGGCGGUGGGGCAAUGAUGACUGGGCGACGGUGAAUCGUCUCUUAGAGGGCAUGAGCAAGCUGCCCCCAGACAUCAGCCGCCGCGUGGUGCAGCAGCUCUGGGACCUGCGCCACUCCCACUGGGCCACCGUGUGCCCUGCACCCUGCUGUGAGGCGGGGGAGGAGCACGCGGGCAUCAAGGCGAUGGCGACGGUGGGGAGCUUCCUGCUGGGCAUCACUCUGUUGAGUAAGAUGGAGUGGCGCAGGCAGCACGACGACGAGGAGGAGAAGACGAGGAAGAAAGGCGGGCAGGGGUCAGCAGGUAGCAGCAGCAGCCCGAGCCACGCAGGCAACUCUCCAUGGGCCCAGGCACCGAGCAGCAGUGUGAGGAGCAGGGCACAGCCACCAUACGACAACAUCCUCUGGAUGCUGCGCGUGCUCAAGCUCUUCAUCUCGCCGCCCUUCGAUCGCCCCAUCCUGCUCGUGCUCAGCAACAACACGCCCCUCCUUGAAACCCACCACCUGCACUUCCUCGACCUCUCCUCCUGCCUCGCCCUCCUCACGCUCGUCUCCGCCGCCCCGCGCCAAGACUCCCACCUGGUGGCCACUGCUGAUCUCCUCGACGUCUACCUCGCAACGCAAGGCACCAAGCGCAACCCGCCGCUGAGCCCCGAGGAUUUCCGUGCGCUUGUGACGCGCCUGCCGCCCGAGGCGCGGCCGACGCACGACGGGUUGUUUGAGGCGGUGUGUGCGUUCGCCGAGGCGGACCCGCGGCCCGCCACGUGGAACCUUCUGGCCCUCGUGGACUGCGGGCGCCUCACCCCGCGCUGCCUGCGCCUCGCUGCGUCGGCCGCGGCGUCCAUGGAGUUUGGGCAGUCCGCUGUGGCGGGCUUCUGGCUGUUCCUCGUCUCGCUCUUGCGCGCUCUCAUGUAUGAAGGGUAG